GUCAUUUCAACGGUGAAACAGGACGAACGGCCUUCAGCAGGACUUGUAAAAGCUAGAAAAGAAAAACCCGAAAAUAACUUUACUCGCUGUUAUAGUAGUGCCGUGUAGUAGUAGUUGUACUAUUGUAGUAAACGCUUUUCAAUCGAAUUUCAUGAAAAGCCGAAUCAGAAUGGAGAGGCGUCGAAAACAGACGGACCACGAGGAUGCCCCUGCCAAGAGGUGGCGACUUCGGUGUAGAUACAGACACAACGCGGCUCACAGGAUGCCGGAUGGAUACCGUCUGUGUCUCUGCGCGCGUGUGUGUGUGUGUGUGUGUGUGUCCUAAGCUUCGACGAAGACGCGGGCUGAGACAUUUUUCAGUGGUGACUUUUUCGACAAAACACGGUUCAAUUCGGUUCGUUUCGGUUUAGAUUCGGAGCGGACCGCCUUUUCUUAUAACCCCCUUGGGGUAGUUGUUGCCUUCGUGCCUGAUGUGAUGCUUGUUAGGAAAGCUUCUAAGGAGAAUGGAGACAAAGGUAGCGGGAAAAGGAGAAGAGUGCAGAAGGAAACGUCAAAAAGACACAAGGAGAAGGAAAAUAAAGCGGAUCAAGGAGAAUGAUGAAGAAGGAUCCAGUCCAAAGAGAAAAAGAAUGAAGAUGGAAGCGCCAGAAUGUGAACAAAUAACCUCAAAAGGAACCGCAAACGCGUGUUCGCUCUGAAAAGCGGGAAGAUGAAUGAUUCCAUUGAUGUCUCCAGUCCAACCCCCUUCUGCGGACACGACGCUAUGCACGAGGUCGCAGCAGAAGCUUUAGCAGGCGGCAGAUGACGACGACUACAACGACAGCACAUGGCGGCAAGGCACCAAUACAACACACAGGAUACGGCCAACAGGAUAUUAAGGCACGCAGCAAAAUAAACAGGACCUAGACCUCCUCCAACCGUGGACCCAGAGAAAGGAGCCUAUCGGUAGGACUAAGCAAACAAAUGGCGGCUUUCAUGGCAGGAGCAGCAACAGCCGCCGGGGGAGCGGGAGCCGGUGCCGGAGCCACUCGGGAAUUUGUCGAGGGCUGGACACUGGCCCAGACCCUGGGCGAGGGCGCCUAUGGCGAAGUGAAGCUGCUCAUCAAUCGGCAGACGGGCGAAGCUGUGGCCAUGAAGAUGGUGGAUCUAAAAAAGCAUCCGGAUGCCGUCACAUCGGUGCGGAAGGAGGUAUGCAUCCAAAAGAUGCUCCAGGACACACACAUUCUCCGGUUCUUUGGCAAGCGCUCGCAAGGCAGUGUGGAGUACAUUUUCCUGGAAUAUGCCGCCGGCGGAGAGCUAUUCGAUCGAAUUGAACCCGAUGUGGGAAUGCCGCAACAUGAGGCCCAGCGCUAUUUCACCCAGCUUCUGUCCGGACUGAACUAUCUGCAUCAGCGUGGCAUUGCCCAUCGUGAUCUCAAGCCGGAGAAUCUGCUGUUGGACGAGCAUGACAAUGUGAAGAUCUGCGACUUUGGCAUGGCCACCAUGUUUAGAUGCAAGGGAAAGGAGCGACUGUUGGACAAACGUUGCGGCACUUUGCCGUAUGUGGCCCCAGAGGUGCUCCUGAAGCCGUAUCAUGCACAGCCUGCGGAUAUUUGGUCAUGUGGCGUCAUACUGGUCACAAUGCUGGCAGGAGAAUUGCCAUGGGAUCAGCCAUCGGCCAAUUGUCCGGAGUUCAUCAACUGGAAGGACAAUGAUCGCUGGCAAACACAGACGCCAUGGAGCAAACUGGACACACUGGCCAUAUCCUUGUUGCGCAAAGUACUGGCCACUAGUCCGGGCACCCGCCUAACCCUGGAGAAGAUUCUCGAUCACAAAUGGUCCAACAUGCAGUUCGCCGAGCAUGAUCGCUCUUUUGACUUGGUGGAUUCGGCGGCUGCGUUGGAGAUCUGCUCGCCCAAGGCCAAGCGGCAGCGUUUGCAGUCCAGUGCUCAUCUGAGCAAUGGUUUGGAUGACUCCAUAUCGCGGAAUUACUGCUCCCAGCCGAUGCCCACGAUGCGUAGUGACGACGACUUUGAUGUCAGAUUGCGCAGCGGUCGGGCCACUGGGGGUCAGGAGAACCAAUCCGUGGCUCAGGAGGCGCGCCUCAGUUACUGUUUCUCGCAGCCGGCCCUGCUGGAUGAUCUACUGUUGGCCACGCAGAUGAACCAGACGCAGAGCGCCUCGCAGAACUACUUCCAGCGCCUGGUGCGACGCAUGACGCGAUUCUUUGUGACCACACGCUGGGACGAUACGAUCAAGCGACUGGUGGGAACCAUCGAAAGGCUGGGUGGAUACACCUGCAAGGCCAGCGAGGAGGGUGUGGUCACAGUGUCCACCAUCGAUCGGAACAAGCUGCGGCUAGUGUUCAAGGCGCACAUUAUCGAGAUGGACGGCAAGAUCCUAGUCGAUUUUCGGCUGUCCAAAGGCUGUGGUCUAGAAUUCAAGCGGCGCUUCAUCAAGAUCAAGAACGCGCUGGAAGAUAUUGUCAUGAAGGGGCCCACCACAUGGCCCAUUGCGAUUGCAACCAAUUCGGUGCCUUAGUUUUUAAUGAAAUUUAACCUAAGACUUGACUCUGUUUCAUUUGAAUACAUUAUGUUUAUGUAACUUGUGUUCACAGCACUCCCAUCAUCAUCACUAUCGAUCUUCGAAUAGUUAAAUAUUUUAUUAGCAUGUGCUCGUGCAUUAUCGACGAUUACGUUUUGUAUUAUGUAUACUUGUAGUAUUGAAUGUAGUUGAUUAGUUAAAUAAACGUUAUGAAACAAUAAAUAUUUAC